AUGAGGAGAAUGACUACGUUUUGGGGAAUCGUCCAACACCCUGGUCGCAUCCCCCGGCGGGCUCACUCUUCAAGAAGUUGCGACUCUAGGCGACGCUUCUGUGCUGACUACCUCAAGGCACCUCGAAGUGUAAGAGGCUUCUGCUUUUUCUCACUAAAUGUACAAGUUCCAGAUAGGGUCAUGCGGCUGUUUAUCUAUAGCAUCUGGGCACCUUGCUAA